AUGAAUUCUGAUUAGAAGAUAAGUCUUUUGCUUCCAGAUGGUAGUCCUUACAAUUUCAAUGUUAAAAACAAGGAUGAAGUCUAUUAUAGACAAAUAGCUAAAGAAAUUAAAUUGGGAAUCCCUGAAGAGUUCGUAGCAGUGUAUGAUUUGAAGUAAAAUAAAGUCAUUAGCAAAUAUUAUGAUAAAUUAGAACCAACUUCAGUUUACAGAAUAUUUCAUUUAUAAUAGGCAGCGAGCAUGAUUUAAAAUAAGGAUUAGGAAAUUACUAAGUACAAGGCUGAAUUCUAGGAUCUCUAAGAAAGAUAAAAAUCUUUUGAAAUUGAAAAUCAAAAAAUCCAGCUUCAAUCAGGUACAAAUGUUAAAGAGCUUUAAGAAAAAUUAAUUGAAGCUGAAAAACAGAUAUAAGUGGGUAAGGAUUAAAUACAACAAUAAAGAAAGGAUAUAUAGUCCUUGUAAUAUGAUAUAAAAGUAAGUAGUAGUUAAUAAGAUUUGGUUAAAUAAGACAUGAUAAAAUAGUUGCAAGAAAAAGAUGCAAAAUGUGAGACAUAUGGUCAAUAAUGUUAAAAAUAUAUAAAGGAUAUCGAAAAUUUAUCGAAUUAAUUAUAACUACAAAGGCAAAAUCUAUAUUAAGUUAAAGAAUAGUUCUAAUAAUAUUAGUAAUAGUUUUCAAACUCCUUACAAUAAUGGCAAUAACAUUCACUAUAAUUAGAAUCAGAGAAAAAAAAAUUCCAAUUAGAGAAGAAUUAAUCGGAUUCAGAAGUAAAGAGAUUAAUAAGGACAAUUGAACAAUUAGAAGAUGAUGCUCGAACUAAAAAAUCUGAAAUUUCUAGAUUGAAAAGAGAUAAAUAGUCUUUAGAAUCAGAAAUAACUUCAUUGCAAGAAGAUAUCACUGAUUUAAAUAUAGAAUAGGAUAAAUUCGGAGCAUCAUUAAGGAAAUUGUAAUCAGAUAUUGCACUUAAAGAAGGAGAAGUAUAAUAAAAAAAUAAAGAGAUUAGUUUGCAAAAAUAAAAUUUAGAAAAAAUAAAUCAAAUGCUUGCGAGCAAGGAAAGGUAGAUUCAAGAAUUAUAGAACAGUUAAAAUUAAUAAAAUAAAAAUGAACGUUCUUACGAUUAAGAGCAUAUAUUGAACUUAUAGGAAUAAGUGAAGCAAUUAAAUGAAUAAAAUGACCAAUUGAUGAAAACAUUAGAAUCAGUACAGAACCAAACAUCCGAACAGUAGAGUAAACUAAAUUCAGAAUAAUCAUAAGCUUAUGAAUUGCAAGUAUUAAAGGAAAAUUUGGAAAAAAAAUUGAAGUAAUGUUAAGAGGAAUCAAAACAUAAAUUGAAUUAAAAAUAAUAGGAAAUUGAAUCAUUGAAAUAAAAGCUUGAGAAUGAAUUAGAUAUGGUUUAAAAAAAUUUAUAAGAGUCGAUCAAAGCACACAAAGAAGAUGCUGAGAGAUGGAAAGAAAAGGAAUAAAAUUACGAAAAUUAUUUUGAAAAAUUUAAAUUAAAUUUAGAGGAAGUUAAGAAUGAGAAAAUUAAAUUUGAAGAAGAUGCCAAUAAAUAAAGAUAAGAACUUUUAAAUCAAAUCUAUGAAUGCGAUUCUUAGUUGUGUUAAAAGUAACUGGAGCUUAUUGCAAUUUAAAAUUCAGCUAUUGUACCUGUUUACUAGUUUAGAAUAUAAAGAUUAGUGGAAUAAGUACCUAGAGAAUAUUUCAAAGAAAUAGAAUUUGCAGUUGAAACUAUGAUGUUAAAUAAUGUAAAUCCAGAAAAAUUUCUUUAAGAUAAUUAAGGCAAAUGUUAAAAAUUAACUUUUAAUAUGAGUCAAAUUUUACUAAAUAAGGCUAAGGCAGAGGUUACUCUUUAUAACAUUAGUGACUAAGAUUAUAGAAAAUGUGUUGAUAUAACUAAUAUUGGAAAAAUUACUGGUAUUUAAUGCUCUGUUCAAGUUGAAUCAGAUAGCACUUCUUUGGAUAGGUAUUACUUUUUCAAAUGUCUUGAAUGUCCCAACAAGAAGCAAUUUGAAGGUAAAAUUUUCGGAAUUAAAUAAUGCAAAAAUCAAGACAUAGAAGAUUUGGAGGCAAAAGAAACAGCUAUUGACAAUUGUUUGUCAACAAUAAUUGCUUAGGAUGUUAUGAAUAAGUUUGUCAAAGAAUUAUAGGAAAAAAAAGCUGAAAACAUUUUGGAGUACAAAUUCAGAGAAUAAUAUGUUAUUGAAACUUUAAAGGAUUUUAAGCAAGUGUUAUCAGAAAUAUAGGGCUAAUAGCUUGCAAUUUAAGAUCAAGGUAUAAAGAAUUAUUUUGAGUUUAUUGAAUCAUUAACUGGCGAAUAGUCAAAUGAAUUUUAUGAUUUUACUAGAGAGUAUUCAACCGAUAGAAAUUAACCUGCAGAUGGAAACAUUAUCUAAGCAUUUUUGAAAGUUUAUGAAAAUUAGAAUACUAUGGAUAUUUAGGAACUUCAGGAUAUUUAGAAACUUUAGGAAAUUUAUGCUAAAUUUGAUCCAAAAACUAUCAAAAACUCGCUUCAUCAUUUUAUUGAUUUUAUUGGAGGGAAUAUGAAAGAAAUGCCCUAAAGACUAUAUUAUUCUAUUCAAGAAAUUGAAGUUAAACCAGAUUUUAAAAAAUAUAAUGGAGGACAUUUGAAUCUUGAUUCAAGCUAGGAAGGAAAGUUCUUAUCCGCAUUUACAUAUUAUUCAAUCGUUAAGAGUUAUGGAUAGAUGUGUAUUUCUCACUUACAAGGAGUUGGGAAUUAAUUAUAUGAUCCUUUAGUUUCGACCUAUGAUGGAUUUUUAGAUAAAUUGGAUUAAGGAUUUAAUGAAAUAAGAACUAUUGAAUCAAAGUUUUAAUCAGAAUCCAAUCUUAAUAAAGGGAUAGAAUAUAUGAAAGCACUUGGUAUCAAAUGGAAUUGA